GUUUGUGUUUGUGAACACUUUCUAGUUUGACUAUUUGUGUAAGAAUCAAAGGCAAGCACGCACAUUUGGAGUUGAACAGUGAAGAAGGACUUCAAUUGGGGCACCAAGGAAGAAAGAAGCCAUUAGCCAUGGUUGAAGUUGAAGAAACUGAAGAACUAGCCUCUCCUUUGCUCGCAGAUGUUCCAUCAUCAUCAUCUCGAAAAUCCCAUAGAUCCUUUAAGAGAACUGGGACUGUAUGGACAGCAAUAGCCCAUAUAAUAACUGGAGUUAUUGGGUCUGGAGUGCUGUCCCUGGCAUGGAGUAUGGCUCAGCUGGGAUGGAUUGCAGGUCCUCUAGGCAUUCUGGUGUUUGGAGUCAUCUCCAUUAUUUCUUCUUUGCUUCUCUGUGAUUGCUACAGAUAUCCUAAUCCUGAAGUUGGCCACAUCAGAAAUAGGUCAUAUUCUCAAGCUGUUAGGUCCUACCUAGGAAAGAAGAGUAUGUAUGUGUGUGAAAUUUUUGUUCAGGAAAGCUACUAUGGAUAUGGGAUUGCCUACACCAUAACAUCAGCAAUCAGUAUGAGGGCAAUCCGGAGAUCUAACUGUUUCCACAACAAAGGCCACGAUGCUCCUUGUGAAUUUGGAGAUAACUUUUAUAUUCUGCUAUUUGGAGUAAUUCAGAUUCCGUUCUCUCAAAUACCCAACUUUCACGAGAUGGAGUGGCUCUCAAUAUUUGCCGCAAUAAUGUCUUUUGCAUACACCUUAAUUGGGACAGCACUUGGUUUGGCAAAAGUAAUAGGAGAUGGAAGAAUCAGAGGAGACAUUACUGGUGUUUCUACAACCAAUAUAGCAGAAAAAGUGUGGUUGACCUCGCAAGCAGUUGGGGACAUUGCUUUUGCUUACACAUACAACAUAAUCCUAGUGGAAAUAGAGGAUACUCUGAAGGAUCCGCCACCACAAAACAGGACAAUGAAGAAAGCAUCAACGGCAGCCGUCCUUCUGAUCACUUUCUUCUUUCUUUGCUGCGGAUGUUUUGGAUAUGCUGCUUUUGGUAACCAGGCUCCUGGAAAUAUUCUCACUGGCUUUGGGUUUUAUGAACCAUACUGGCUUAUUGACUUUGCUAAUGUCUGCAUAGUUCUCCAUCUUGUUGGAGGAUAUCAGGUUUACAGUCAGCCAUUAUUUGCUGCUGCUGAAAGGUGGAUAGCUAAGAAACUCCCCAACAGUGAAGUGAUCAACAAGAACUACACCUUGAAGCUCCCAGUGCUGCCAGAAGUACGGUUGAAUGUCCUACGGCUGUGCUUUAGAACUGCUUAUGUUGCAUCUACAACAGCACUUGCCAUGCUCUUUCCUUAUUUCAAUCAGGUUUUAGGUGUGCUUGGUGCUUUGAACUUUUGGCCUCUGGCAAUAUAUUUUCCUGUGGAGAUGUAUCUGGUGCAGAAUAAUGUAAGAGCUUGGACAAGACUCUGGGUGGUUCUUCAGACUUUCAGAGUACUUUGCUUGGUUUGCACCAUUUUCGCCUUUAUUGGAUCGCUUGAAGGGCUCAUAAACAGCAAACUAACCUAGAGAAUGUUGGUUUCACUGCAUUCUUUGAACAAAACAUUUGUAGAAGACUAAAAAAUUCAAGUAAAAGAGUUUCUUUGGAAGUGUGAA